CCCAGCUCAGUGGCGUCCGGAACCCCAAAGCACCUGUGAAUUCGCGGAAGUUCUGCCAGACUCGAGCCCGGCCCAGCUCGGCCGGACCCUACUCAACCCACGCCCGGCCCGCCAUGGGCCCUCCGUGCCGCGGCCUCUCUGCGCUCCUGCUGCUGCUGCUGCUGCAGGUCUCAUCGUGGCUCUGCCAGGAGCCGGAGCCCUGCAAUCCCGGCUUUGGCGCCGAGAGCUACACGUUCACCGUGUCCCGGCUGCACUUGGAGAGAGGCCGAGUCCUGGGCAGAGUGAGUUUUGAAGGAUGCACCGGUCUACCAAGGACAGUCUAUGUUUCUGAUGACACCCGAUUCAAAGUGGGCACAGAUGGCGUGGUUACAGUCAAACGGCCUUUACACCUUCAUCAUCCAGAGAUGAGUUUUCUUGUCCACGCCUGGGACUCCACCCGCAGGAAGCUCUCCACCAAAGUGACCCUGAAGGCAGUAGUGCACCACCAUCACCACCACCAUCAUCAUGACUCUCCCUCUGGAACCCAGAGAGAAGUGGUCACAUUUCCCAGCUCCCACCAUGGUCUCAGGAGACAGAAGAGAGACUGGGUUAUUCCUCCUAUCAGCUGCCCAGAAAAUGAGAAAGGCCCAUUUCCUAAGGCUCUGGUUCAGAUCAAAUCUAACAGGGACAAAGAAACCCAAGUUUUCUACAGCAUCACUGGCCAAGGAGCCAACACACCCCCUCUUCAUGUGUUUAUUAUUGAAAGAGAAACAGGAUGGCUAAAGGUGACGGAACCUCUGGAUAGAGAAGACAUUGCCAAGUACAUUCUCUUCUCUCAUGCUGUGUCUUCGAACGGGCAAGCAAUCGAGGAGCCGAUGGAGAUUGUGAUCACCGUGACUGAUCAGAAUGACAACAAGCCUGAGUUCACCCAGGGGGUCUUCAGGGGGUCUGUCAUGGAGGGCGCUCUUCCAGGGACCUCUGUGAUGGAGGUCUCAGCCACAGACGCAGACGACGAUGUGAACACCUACAACGCUGCCAUUGCUUACUCCAUCCUCAGCCAAGAUCCUGUGCUGCCACACAACAAAAUGUUCACCAUCAACAGGGUCACGGGCGUCAUCAGUGUGCUCACCACCGGGCUGGACCGGGAGAGUUUUCCCACGUAUACCCUGGUGGUUCAAGCUGCAGACCUUCAAGGUGACGGCUUAAGCACGACCGCAACAGCUGUGAUCACAGUCAAUGACACCAACGAUAACCCUCCCAUCUUCAACCCAACUACGUACGUGGGGUCGGUGCUUGAGAACGAGGCUAACGUGGUCAUCACCACACUCACAGUGACCGAUGCCGACGUCCCCAAUACACCAGCGUGGGAGGCCGUUUAUACAAUAUUAAACGAUAACGAGAAGCAGUUUGUUGUCAUCACAGACCCAGUAACCAAUGACGGCAUUUUGAAGACGGCUAAGGGCUUGGAUUUUGAGGCCAAGCAGCAGUACAUCCUGUAUGUGACAGUGACUAAUGCGGCCCCCUUUGAGGUCACUCUCUCCACUUCCACAGCCACCGUCACCGUGGACGUGAUAGAUGUGAACGAAGCCCCCAUCUUCAUGCCUCCUCAGAAGAAAGUGAAAGUGCCCGAGGACUUCGGCUUGGGCCUGGAGAUCACGUCCUACACCGCCCAGGAGCCAGACAAAUUUAUGGAACAGAAGAUCACGUAUCGGAUUUGGAGGGACGCUGCCAACUGGCUGGCGAUUAAUCCAGACACGGGUGCCAUUUCCACUCGGGCUGAGUUGGACAGAGAGAACGUCGAGCAUGUGAAGAACAGCACGUACACGGCCCUCAUUAUAGCCACUGACAAUGGUUCUCCACCUGCUACUGGAACGGGAACCCUGCUCCUAUUCCUCGAUGAUGUGAAUGACAAUGGCCCCAUACCAGAACCUCGGAACAUGGACUUCUGCCAGAGGAAUCCACAGCCUUAUAUCAUCAACAUCAUUGAUCCUGAUCUUCCCCCCAACACUUCUCCCUUCACAGCAGAACUAACACAUGGGGCAAGUGUCAACUGGACCAUUGAGUACAAUGACCCAGAACAUGAAUCUCUGAUUUUUAAGCCAAAGAAAACCCUAGAGAUGAUUGACUACAAAAUCAAUCUCAAGCUCAUAGACAACCAGAACAAAGACCAAGUGACCACCUUAGAUGUGCAUGUGUGUGACUGUGAAGGGGUCGUCAGCGGCUGUACGAAGCCCGGGUCUUACACCGAAGCAGGAUUGCAAGUUCCCGCCAUUCUGGGGAUUCUUGGAGGCAUUCUUGCUUUUCUCAUCCUGAUUCUGCUGCUUCUGCUACUUGUUCGGAGGAGAAGGGUAGUCAAAGAGCCCUUACUGCCCCCAGAAGACGACACCCGGGACAACGUUUAUUCCUAUGAUGAAGAAGGAGGUGGAGAAGAAGACCAGGACUAUGACCUGAGCCAGCUACACAGGGGCCUGGAUGCUCGGCCCGAAGUGACUCGCAAUGAUGUGGCGCCAACCCUCCUGAGUGUGCCCCAGUAUCGACCCCGACCUGCCAAUCCUGAUGAAAUUGGAAACUUUAUUGAUGAAAACCUGAAGGCAGCUGAUAGUGACCCCACCGCCCCACCCUAUGACUCUCUGCUGGUGUUUGAUUAUGAAGGAAGCGGUUCCGAAGCUGCUAGUCUGAGCUCCCUGAACUCCUCGGAGUCAGACCGAGACCAGGACUAUGAGUACCUGAACGAAUGGGGCAAUCGCUUCAAGAAGCUGGCGGACAUGUAUGGAGGCGGCGAGGACGACUAGGGGACUCAAGACCGAUGGGGAGACAGAUGGGUCCCUACACUCAUGUGAUGGGAAAUGCGGGAAUAAUAUUCCUGGUGGUUUUCCAGCUCCCUUCACUUGAGAUACGUUUCUGGAGAAGAGACCUGUGAUCAGUGAUAGGAUAGUUAUGAUUUCCACUUUAUAGAUCUAAUCUGUGUGUUAGAAGAAUUUUGACUUAUUCCAUGAAUCGUUUUUUCCCUUUCAUCACUCUUUACAUGAUGACGAUGCCCAGAAGACCCCCAAAUUUUAAUAUUUCAAAAGAGUAGCUUCAGCCUCAGAAGGUUCUGCUGGCAACUGGCAGAUUUCCUUAAGGGCUUUGUCUCAUUUUUAAAAGGAAGGUGAGGGGUCAAUUUCCCUAUUGUAGAUAUAAAGAAAUUAAUUUGUGUGCUUUUGUUCCUCCCGUCACUGCACUGGUGUCCCAUGUUCUAAUAUCCAUUCUUACUCCCUCUGAAUUCUAUUACAUUUCUCUGAUGCAGAAAUUACUGGGCUCUUUUAGGGAAAGAGGUUUAUGUCUUAGUCUGGCCGUAUGCUGAAUGGGUAUUGUGUACUCCUAAGACCUUUUAACGGUUUUCCUUUUCCAUCUCCUGAGUACGUAACUUGAAAUGGGCAUCUAUCCAGUUUACUUGUUCUGAGUAAGAGUGUUUGUUAUGUGAAUGUCGUUAUGGGGUGCUUUGGUUCUAAACAGGGAGCCUGGACCAGAAAAGGUGGUGAGUUUUCAGGUGCCACUGAACUUUUAAUGUUCAUUUAUCCCUAAAACAAAAGAGUGAUAUAUGCCGGGACUCAGAAUAGUGCCUGAAGUGCUGCAGCCAAAGACAGAAGCUGGCUCAUCCCAGCAGAGGGGAAAUGUGAAAAGUGGCCGUGGAGAUGGCAGGGGAGAUUGUCACUGAGCCUGGAAAUUGAGCCAACUGAGGCUGAAGACGGUUGAGGUGGCUCUACCUCCAGCCCUGAAAAUUCUGAAAGAGUAGAGGAAUCUCAACACGUGUUUCCUGCCAGGAUCCUUGUACUGUGGUUUGUACCCAAAGCACAGAAUCCCCAGUGCCUGCUUUUGUUGAUGUCUAUAGAAAAUGCUGGCUGGUCUGGACACGUUUGCGCCAAAUUCCAACUGUGCAUGAAAACUUCAGAAUGUUUUAAAAAUCCAAAAUUUUUUUUUUCUUAGGAGCAGGAAGAAAACACUCCUUGAAAGGGUGUUAGCAAAGGGAGGUGAGGGUAGGGAGAACCUUAAUUUGGAUCCUUUUUUAGUAGAAAUGCAACCUUUAAGAAACUUUUGACAACCAUAGACCAGAACUUUAUCUAAAUUGCUUCCCUAUCUAUCAGCUGUUUUUGGAAGAAAAACCCAUCCCUGCAACCACUUCUUAGAACUGUCUUGAUUUUUCAGCAAUUUAAACUCUAAUGUAGUUCUGUGUAGAGAAUGUCACUGUAGUUUUGAGUGUAUAUGUGUGUGGGUGCUGAUAAUUUUGUAUUUUCUUUGGGAAAAGGAAAACAAUUCAAGGUGGAAAAAUUAUUCUUAAAUAUUCAUUUUUAUAAAUUUUAUUAAAGAAUUUUGUUACACCAUU